AUGCCGCCCAAGAAGCGAAAGACUUCUGACUCGCCAGAGGACGAUAGGAAUGACUUAACGGCGAACCAGACAACGGCAGCACCCCCAACCGGAGAGAAGAGAAAGAGAGGUCGUCCUCGCAAGUACCCCGAAAGUGCCACUCCCAAACCACCACCAGGACCCAAGCGGGGCCGUGGAAGGCCUCGCAAGGAAGAGUCUGCGAAAGUGACAGUACCCAAGCCGACGACACCAAAAGAAGGCAAGCGACCUGUUGGACGGCCGCGCAAAUACCCAUUACCGAACGGAGCAGAUCAGCGUGCGACCAAGUCGACGUCGGUAGAAGAUAAGGAGGACUCGGAGGAUGAGGAUGAGGAUGAUGAGGGCCGGUCAUAUUGGUUGAUGAAGGCUGAGCCGGAGUCACGGCUGGAGAAGGGUGUUGAUGUCAAGUUCUCGAUUGAUGACUUGUGCGCGGCGCAGGAGCCAGAGCCGUGGGAUGGUAUCCGCAACGCUUCCGCACGAAGACAUCUCCGGGAUAUGAAAAAGGGCGACUUGGCUUUCUUCUACCACUCCAACUGCAAAGUUCCUGGGAUUGUCGGCAUUAUGGAGAUUGUCCAAGAGCAUUCCCCAGAUGAAUCCGCAUUCGACCCCUCGAACCCCUACUACGACGAGAAAUCCACCAAAGAGGACCCCAAAUGGGACGUCGUCCACGUCGAGUUCCGACAGAAAUUCCCCAUCAUGAUUACUCUCAACGACCUCAAAGCCCAGUUCGCACCCGGCAAACCCCUCGAGAACAUGCAAACCCUCAAACAGACCCGGCUCAGCGUAUCGUCCGUGACGCGCGCACAAUGGAAAUUCAUCAUGAGAUUAGCCAAGGAGAAGGAAGGCGCUGGGUUACGGCAGAGUACAUCGGGAGAUGACGAGGAGAGCGAGGAGUCGAGUGAACAAUAG